GCCUUCAGUCAUAUUCUUUACGCGCGGCGCGCGUGUUGCGCCGUUUUUAAUCGUUGUGCUCGAGUUCGAAUAUAAAGUGUUUGGUGUACGUUUUUUUUUCUCUCGAAAAUUGAUCUGUUAAUUUAAAUAAUAAUUUUUCUAUUUAUUUAAUAUGGCAUUACGUUUAUGCAAUAGUCACGUGUUGAAAAUCGUAUUACUUUGUUCGAUAUGGCCUUUGGUGUUUUGUAACGACGAUUCGGAUAUCGUUGUCAAGUCAGUGCGAGUUGUAAAUGAGAAUUCUUCGACUACUGAUAAGAAUUGGACGUACGUUCGAGCUACCCUACUCGUAGAUGGGGAUAAUUUUCCUACAAAUAUGAAAAUCAAAUUAACACCCGAAGUGGAGCAGGAUGAUGAUGAUGAUGAUGAGGUGAAUCGUUGCAACGAUCAUCGACGAGAUUCGGAGAGCCAUAUUAUUCACGAAUUUGCAUCGUCGAAUAGUACAUUUUUGUCGGUUAAUGUUUCGUUUUCUUCUUAUAAUUUCGAUAUCCCUGUUACGAAUUUUUCGUUAUGUGUGUUAAUUAAUUUACCAAAUAGUGAUAACGAAUCGUAUUUCGAUAAAUGGUUAUAUUCUGGUAAAAGUGUUCAGUUUAGGACUAGACGGUUACUAAGUGAGCAAGGUGUCGGUGUCGAUGACUUGGAUAAUCAUAUUUUACCAGCUAAAUCGGAACGAAUUCGACGUGAUGUUGACGCCAGUUCGAACGUGACGAUUUAUGGAGUGUUAUUGGAAUCUUCGACGCCGCCUGCUCUGUACGAUGAUGAUGGAGGCGGUGAGCCAACCUUAUUGGUCGGCUCUGAAGCCACUUAUCGAUUAUUCGGAUCAGGUUGGACUGAAGAUACGAUAUUCGUUUGGACCGAACAGAAAGGCGAAUAUGGAUCCGAGUGCGAAUACAUUACCGGCGAUAAAACCAAGCCGAUACUAGAGACCGGAUCAGAGCACACAGCAACGCUGAAAAUGACCGUACCGGGUCCUCAAAAAGGCAAAUCAGGCGCGACGCUGUACUUUUGCUACAAAAGCUCGAACUCGUCGGAUAAGAAAUUCUUGCAUUUAGGAGACAAGCCAUUCGGUCGAAUCGUGAUUCGCGAACGUAUCAUUCCGUUAUGGCUUCAAGUCAUCAUUAUCGUGGUGUGUUUGAGUUUCUCGUGUUUAUUUUCGGGUUUAAAUUUAGGUCUAUUGUCGUUGAAUCGGACAGAUUUGAAAAUCAUUUCGAAUACGGGCACCGAAAACGAACGUAAAUACGCCAAAGCCAUUUACCCGGUUCGAAUCCACGGCAAUUAUCUGCUCUGUAGUAUUCUGUUGGGCAACGUGUUGGUCAACAGCAUAUUCACCAUUUUAUUAGAUGAUCUGUCUUCCGGAAUGGUAGCCAUUGUCGUUUCAACUCUGGCUAUCGUGAUUUGCGGCGAAAUCUGCCCGCAAGCUGUAUGCUCCAGACACGGAUUGGCCAUCGGUGCCAGGACCAUUUACAUCACGAAAACGGUCAUGUUUUUGACCGCUCCGCUGUCUUGGCCGCUGAGCCGGCUGCUCGACUGGGUCCUAGGUGAAGAAAUCGCCACUACUUAUACCAGAGAACGUCUGAAGGAAUUGGUCAAGAUUACCAACGAGUAUAACGAUUUGGAAAAGGAUGAGGUGAACAUCAUCUCGGGAGCUUUGGAAUUACGCAAGAAGACCGUGGGCGAGGUUAUGACCAAAAUCGAAGACGUCUACAUGUUGUCCUACGAUACGAUCCUGGAUUUCGAGACUGUUUCGGAGAUUAUGAAAUCAGGAUUCUCAAGAAUACCAGUUUACGAAAGCACUAGAAGAAAUAUCGUAUCUUUGCUUUAUAUCAAAGAUUUAGCUCUCAUUGAUCCCGAUGACUGCACACCGCUCAAAACACUGUCGCAGUUUUAUCAAAAUAGUUGCUAUUAUGUGUUCGAAGAUACCACCUUGGACGUGGUGUUCAAACAAUUCAAAGACGGUUGCAAAGGCCAUAUGGCAUUUGUACACAGAGUCAAUAACGAAGGCGAAGGAGAUCCGUUUUACGAAACUGUUGGUAUCGUUACCUUGGAAGAUGUAAUCGAAGAGUUGAUCCAGGCUGAAAUUAUGGAUGAAACCGAUGUUUACACCGAUAACCGAAGCAAGCAAAGGAGAUCCGAACGAAUGCACCAUAAUGCUGAUUUCUCACUAUUUUCCGAAAGAAAUAUGAAUCAACGAGUUCACAUUUCGCCUCAAUUGAACUACGCAGCGUUCCAGUUCUUGCAUACAAGUGUGGACGCCUUCAAACCAGAAAACAUAUCGGAAUCGGUGCUGUUGCGUUUAUUAAAACAAGAUAUAAUUUUCCAUAUCAAAGUGAAAGAUAAAGAGAAAAUGAAAGACGAUCCUAGUUGCGUUAUUUAUCAGCAGGGCAAACAGACGGAUUAUUUUGUGCUGAUUUUAGAAGGUCGUGUCGAAGUUACGGUCGGUCGUGAAAAUUUAAUGUUCGAAAGUGGUCCAUUCACCUACUUCGGUUCGCAAGCUUUAAUACCAAACAUAGGAGUUGCCGAAUCACCUACGAAUACAAACGUCGCUCAGCCCUUGGGAAGCCUGCAAUCGGUAAAUUUGGAAUCGAUGCUGCGUUACACGUUUAUACCGGAUUAUACAGUACGAGCGGUCUCCGAAGUGUUCUAUUUACGUAUAAAGCGUUCGUUUUACUUGGCAGCCAAAAAAGCUACGCUAAUGGAGCGUUCGAAAAAAGUCUCGAAUGCUGGCGAACAUUUUGACGAUGAAGUUGAAAAGCUAUUGCAUAAUUUCGGAAAAGGUGGCAGUGGAGACGACGAUUCAAAAAGUCAAGAAUCACGUGACGGCUCGUUCCCCAAUACACAAAACCUGCAAUACAUCGAAGAUAGUAACCGUAGCAGUCCGGUAAACCAAGACAGUCUGAACAACGGUUACAUGUCCGGUACAGUUUCACCAUCUCGAACUCCUCGCCAUACCAGUGAUCUUACAGGCGAAGAGAAGACCAACCUUUUAAGCGUGCAAGCUUCAACCAACAACGAAGACGCUCAAGGCACCUCGUAGGAAUUCCAAAAAAACUAAAAAAAAUUUCCAGGGCUUCUGUAUACUAUUUUUUUCCUUCAAAUUCACACCGAUCAAUCGAAGCGUUCAGAUAUUGAGUCGACUCGUGAUGAUCCGGACCGGACGUUGACGAGUUUUCACGAGUACUCGCAUCUUUUUACAUUUUAGCACUCGAACCUCUUAUGAAUUAUGUAAGUAAGAUUUUGUCAUGUUGCUUGUUUCUGUUUCAUGUCCCCCCCAAUAUACUAUUGUAGUUGGUAGUAUUAUGUGUACUAUGUAUUUGUGAUUUUUUUUUCUCUUCUCCUGUUUGUUAUCAUUACUACGUAUUAUUUUAUGUACCCAGUGUACUUAAUUGUUAUCUAGAAAAGGCAUCGUUUCGAACAGAUGCACGAACCUAAUAAACCUAUGCAGAUUUCUCGACAAUCUCUCCUCUUCUCCCUCCAUCCAUUUACCAGUUUAUUUUUCCCAAUAUUGAUGUACUUAUGUAAGUACUUACCUACCUAGAUCUUGUGUAUCCUAAUUUACCACUAUAUCAAAGUAUUAUUAUGAAUAUUGUAUGGUUUUAUUAUUUUGUAUUAUUUUAACCGAAUUUUAUCAUGUGUCGUGUUUAGACGCGGAUCUCGACUCAACGUAUGUAUUAUUACGUUUAAAAAUUACUUUCUUUAUCCAGGUACCUAUAUCUAAUCUAUCCAAAUCGUUGAUAUUUUUACAAAAUUACUUACGAAUCUUCGGGUUACAUUUUUGCACUGUAUCAUUGUUGUUAUUGUUUUCCCCCUCGAUCCAGAUCCCCGGUUUGUAUUUUUCUCUCUUCUGUCUAUGUUUUGUUGCGAGUUUUUAAUUUUAGUAUUUUUUUUUCGUUGACUUGUAAGCUUGAUUCGAUGGAAUCGUCGAGUAAUUUGAUGGAUUGUUUGAUGAGUGGGGAUUUUAUCGUGAUUCGGGAGGUAUUUUGGUUUGAAAAUUGAAUAAGUUAUCGAUGGGAUGUUGAUUUUACCAAAUUUGAAUGUUUUCCUCGCUUCUUUUUUCAAUUUUUGGGUGAAUUUUUGGUUUAAAAUUGGGAAUAGCUUCGAAAGUUUAGAAUUCCGUGUUGUUCUAGUCAACUUUAUUUACGAUGUUUUCAGUUUUUAGGAAAUGAUUUAUGCAAUUUUUCGUUUUUUUUUUUUUGUUUUUUCUUUUAAAUACCUACUUAAUUUAAAUUUUGUCGAUGGGUAUUUUUUUCUUCUUUUCGAAUUUCCCACCGGAGUCUGAGUAGAGAUUGAUUUUAAUGAUGAAAGAAAACGUGUGCAAAGCUAACUUUUAUGAACUUUUUGUAUUUUUUUUUUUAUUUUUUUUAUGGGAGCUUUUGAAAUCCAACUUGAACCAAAGGUGCCAAGAGGUAUCAAAAUAUUACCUAAUUGAGCUAUAAAACGCUGAAAUAGUGACAUUUGAAAUAAUAAACCAAACUUCAUCACUAAAAAUAUCCCCUUGUCUUUCUAGAUCGAUUGGAAAAGGUUUCGAGCCGUUUUGAGUGGUUCUAGAGCCUCCAGAAAAAUUUUUAAAAUUAUAAUUUUCACGCUGGAAUUCGUACUGGUUAAUUUAGAACACUGAAACUUUGGUUGGUAUCCCUGCUUUGACCUGCUGAAUGAACUGAAGAGACUCCGAGACGUUCUGGAGCCUCCAGGGAUAUUUUGAAAAUUCCAGAAAUGAGUCAUUCGUAUCAACAGCUCGCAUUUAUCGACGAUGGAAGUUUAUUGGACAAUUCUUAAAGUAUUUUUUGGAUAGACUGGAAUUUUCGAAGUGUUCCUGGAGGCUCCAGAACAGUCUAAAACCACAUUCAAUUGAUUCAGUAUUUAUUUGAAUAACUUAUUGAAAUUUUUUCAAAGGAGACCAAAUGUUCAAAGGACAUGUUUGAUAUUUCAAGUUUUGAAAUUGGCUUUUGCACACGUUUUGCUUUUUAUGAAGUUGAGAAUCUGAAAAAAAAACUCAUAAUAUUUUCCGACGUAAUUUUAAGAGUGUGGAAGGAGGGGAAAAGGGAGGGGUCGGAAUUAUUUAGGGCCAUUUAUGAAAAAUUGUUGAGUUUUUUUUCAUUUUUUGCUUCCAUUGUUCCAAAGUUGUCUGUUUCAAAUUUCGAAAAUACCUGAAAAUUUUAGCCAAAAAAAAUUUAAAAAAAAACAGGAACAUAAAUUUUUUCAAGAAUUCUCAAUUUCUGUCUCAGAAUUCCUCCAAAUUACCUCCUUUCAAGUAAACCCCACCUCUGAACUACCCCAGCAACUUUGGUUUCUCUCCCCUCCCCUCCCCUCCCCACCAAAAACUUAAAUAAUGUACCUAAUGAAAGUUUUUUUUAUUCAAAAAUCCUCCAAAAUGAUAAAAAUUUGAAAAUGAAUCAAUAUUAAAAUUUUUUUCAAAUUCUCGAUAUUUGUAUCUAAUUCAGAAUUCCUUUAAAUAACUUCUUUUUGAGAAAAACCCUUCUCCAGUCUCUCAAGUAAUUUUGAUUUUUCUCCCCUCUCCUCGAAAAUUGAAAACGUGUAUACCUAAUGAGAAGUUUUUUUUUCAAAAAAUCCUCCAAAAUGAUGAAAAUUCAAAAACAAAUCAAAUUGAUUUUUUUUUUUUUAAAUUUUCAACAUUUGUGUCUAACUCUGAAUUCCUUCAAAUAACCCAUUUUUGAGGAAAAAACCUCCUCCAGUGUCCCAGGUAAUUUUUGUUGCUCCGUACAAAGCUCCUCCUUCCCCCUUCUCCCUCCAAAAAAAACAAUAAAAUAUGAGUUAUGAAAAUUUUUCGUUCAAAAGUCAUUUAAAAUGAAAAAAAAUUGUGAAACAAGAGUUUUUCAAUUUCUGCCUCAGAAUUCCUUCAUCUGGACCCCGCUCCAGGUAUUUUGUCUCUCCCCCCCUCCCCUAAAAAAAACUAAGGAAAUUUACCUAUAAUAAAACGUUUUUUAUUGAAAAAUCCUUCAAAAUGAAAAAAAAAUCUGAAAAUUAAUCAAAAUGAAAUCUUUUAAAAAUUCUCAAUAUUCGUAUUUGACUUUGAAUUUCUCCAAAUUACCUCUUUUUGAAGAAGAAAAAAAAAACAUGCCAUCUUCCAAGUAAUUUGGGUUCUUCUGUACGAACCCCUCCUCCCCCCUCCAUUAAAAAAAUGAAAAAACAAAAAAAAUCGUUUAAAAAUUAAAUAAAUAGGUAUUGAAAUACAUGAAAUUUUCAAUUUUCUUUAAAAUUCUCAGAUUUCUGAGUGAGAGUCUCUCCAAAUAAUCUUUUUUUCAAGAAAAACCCCUCCAGUCCUCCAAAUGAUUCUGAUUCUUGUGCGGAGCCACCUUCCUCCCUCCUACCUUACUCGACCCCUAAAAAAAAUAAAAAAUAAAAAACGUUAAAAAAUUGAAAAAUCUUUUAAAAAUUUCAUUUUUUUCAAUUUUUUUAUUUUUUUGGAGGUUUUUAUACAAGAAGACUUACAUUGUAGAGUGACAGAGGAAGAUUUUAUCUUGAAAAAGUAGGUACUUAGAAUUUUAACGCAGAAAUUGAAAAUAUUUAAAGCUCUUACAGACUUAUUUUUUGUUCUCAAUUUGGGUAUGGGAGGAAAGGAGGGGGGAGGGGGCACAGUGGUCCCUCGGAAUUUCUAGGACGCCAAAAAUCUGAAAGUUGGUGUACGGGGGGUUUUCGAAGGUGCUGAUUUCAUUUUUGACAAUAUUUUGACUCCAGUCCCCAACCCCAACCCCAACCCCACCCCCUUCCAGGAAGGGGGCAAAACUCAAAAUUUUGUAAAUAUGCGUGUGACGUGUCAAAAUGUAGGUUUUUCGGGCUCCCAAAUUCAUUUCUGGUAUCAUUUUUCAAAAAUUCGCAAUAUUGACCCCAUGGGGAGGGGGGAAACUCAAAAUUUUGGAAAUUUUCGUGUGACAUAUCAAAGUGUAGGUUUUUUUGGCUCCCAAAUUCAUUUCUGGUAUCAUUUUUCAAAAAUGUGCAAUAUUGACCUCAAGAGGAGGGGGGGGGGACUCAAAAUUUUGGAAAUUUUCGUGUGACGUGUCAAAGUGUAGGUUUUUUGGGCUCCCAAAUUCAUUUCUGGUAUCAUUUCUCAAAAAUUCGCAAUAUUGACCCCCCAGAGGGAGGGGGGAAGAACUCAAAAUUUUGGAAAUUUUCGUGUGACGUGUCAAAGUGUAGGUUUUUUGGGCUCCCGAAUUCAUUUCUGGUAUCAUUUCUCAAAAAUUCGCAAUAUUGAGCCCCGGGGGGGGGGGGGGGUACUGGAAACAUACAAUAUUGUUUGAGAGACCGAGGUUGAAUGGCGAAUUAUUUAUAAAAACUUUGGUUCAGAAAUGGGAAAUUUACUGAUUUAUUACUAUUUUUUUUUAUAUUUUUUUUUCAACUUUGAGUACCUAGUUUUUUCAUAAAAAGUGAAUUUUUCAGUAGAAUUCUGACUCAGAAAUAAUUAUUUCAGAUGAAUAAGAUUUUUUUACGGGGAAGAAGGGGGGGGUGCUUUUUACACUAUUUUUUUUCAAUUUGGGGGAAAUUCAAGUGAAGGGUAGAUAUUUUUUUCUCAUAAAAUCCAACAGCUUCAAUGAACAGGAGUUCAAAAAAAUCCAAACUUCAAUCAGUUGAAAAAUUCGUCUUUUUCUAUCCCUCUCUCCCCUCCUCCGUCCUCUACAAUUCGAAAUUAUUUUUUUCGUUUCUUCCUCUCUUCCCCCUUUAAAGUCGAUCGUAAUUAUUUUCUGAAUCCAAACGUACUUAUUUUCAUCAACGUCACAUACGAUUUGAUUUUAAGAAAACCCGAAUUUUUUUCACGUUUAAUUUCUCGCUUCCCACCAAAAAUUACCUAACUUGAGAAAUUUAAUCAGUUCCUCAAAAAUGCAAUACUAAUUGAUAAGUUUGCACGUUUCGAAACAUACCUACUAUAACUAUAAGCUUCUGUAGCUAAAUUGCCUGUAUUUCCAUCCCCGAUCGUAGAUCUGGUCCGAGAACUUGUACGAGUUGAUUUUAUUUUUU